UCGGGCUUAAUCAACAUCAAUGAAGAAGACAAAGAGAAAAGCAUCGGACGGUUACGAAAUUGCUUGUUUCCAUUCACCCUCGAGAAUCGAGUCCUUCUCCGCCCACACCCCCCACUUUUUCCAUGAGCCUCCAAUUUGUCAAGAAGUUUUUAACUUUUUAAUCCCAAAAAACUUUUUCAUAUUCCCUUUUCUUGUAUUUUUGGACUCAUUACUGAAAAUAAAAAAAACCAGUCUUCCUUUGUAUAUGUUUGUGUUGUGGUGUUGUGUUGUAUACUCUGCCACUACUGCCUCCUCUGCCUCUGCCUGCUCUGCUUCCCAGCAUUAAAAUCACCUUCAGUUCGAGAAGACCUCUGUUUCUUUUCUUAUUACCACCGUUUCUUCUCUAUCUUCCUUUUCUCUCUCUCCCUCUCAGAGUUUUGCAGAAGAAUUGUGAGGUGAUUAUAACGAGCAGAAUUAUGUUGCAAGAGGGGCCAGUAUCUAUGGUUGAAAUCGUCUAGUUAAUUGGCUGGCUAUGAUUGCAGGUAUUAGCUGCUUAUAAACUUUGAAAUACUGGUCCCGGGUACCAGUAUAACAAACAAACUUUGGAGUUGUUGUUAAUCAAAUAGGCAGUUGAGAAGAAAGGAAAAUGGACCAGGCUCCAACGGACAGAGAGCUUAUUGAGAGAGAAAAACCAACUGCUAUCCUAAGGAGCAUUACUUUCAGUAUUUUAUCUAAGGCUGAUGCCGAGGCGAGAAAAGCCAUAAUAGUUAGAGCAGUCAAUGAAGUGACAGAUCCCGCAUUGGGACUUCCUAAUCAGAUUAAUCAGUGCUCCACAUGUGGUUCUAAAGAUAGGAGAGAAUGCGAAGGUCAUUUUGGACUUAUUAAUUUUCCUGUAACGAUUCUCAACCCAUAUUUCUUGCCAGAGAUUGCACAGAUUCUAAAUAAAAUCUGUCCAGCCUGCAAAUCAGUUAAAGCCAAGAGAUCUGGAUCCGCUUCUUUGCCUGAACGCCCCAAUGAUUGUAAAUACUGCUAUCCUGGGAAGUUAAAGGAUGUUUAUCCACCAAUGAAGUUCAAAGUAUCUUCCAAGGAUAUAUUUGGAAAAACAGCAAUAACUGCGGAAGUGAAUGAAAGGUCAUCUUCAAAUAUAGCUGCCGAUUAUUGGGAUUUCAUUCCUUCUGAUGAUCAGCAGGAUGAAAGCUCAAGCUCGACUAGACGUGUUUUAUCACAUGCCCAGGUAUAUCAAAUUUUGAAAGAUGUCGAUCUAAGAUUUCUCGAAUCUGUUUUGAAGAGGAAAAACUCUAUUUUCCUGGACUCUAUCCUAUUAACUCCCAAUUGUCAACGAGUUACAGAAUUUGGGCAGCAUAUCAUAUUUGAUUCAACGACCAAGUACUACAAAAAGUUGAUUGAUUUUAGGGGAAGCCCAAAUGAAUUGAGUACUCGUGUUCAGGAGCGCAUUAAAGCUUCAAAGGUUUAUACGGAUAAAUCAGCACCUGUUGAUUAUGGUAUCAAUGCAUCUGGUUCCAAUGACUCAUCUGCUCCUACUUCUGGUUUGAAGUUUAUCAGGGAACUUCUCAUGGGUAAGCGAACAGAUCAUGCUUUCCGUAUGGUGGUUGUAGGGGAUCCUUACAUAAAGCUGGGAGAAAUUGGCAUGCCCAGUCAUAUAGCACAAAAAGUUCAGGUUGCUGAACAGAUAAACAAGUGGAAUUUGGAUAAGCUGGAAAGUUAUGUGCCGUACUGGCUUUUCCAUGGAGUGGAUAUUCGUGUUAGGAGAGAGGGUAGGAUUGUCAAACUUACUAUCAGCGACAAGUUGUGUUGUGGAGAUGUUCUCUAUCGGCCCAUGCUUGAUGGAGACAUAGUUAUGAUAAAUAGGCCUCCGUCCAUCCAUCAGCAUUCCAUUUUGUCAUUAUCUGUUCGGACUCUCCCAAAUAAUUCAGUUUGCUCUAUUAAUCCUCUCAUCUGUUCUCCUCUCCGUGGAGAUUUUGAUGGGGAUUGUCUUCAUGGUUUUGUACCUCAGUCAGUUGAUGCGAGAGUUGAAUUAAAUGAGCUGGUUGCUAUUGACAAACAGCUGUGUAAUGGGCAAAGCGGUCGCAAUUUGUUGUCUCUGAGCCAUGAUAGCUUAACUGCAGCUCAUCUAAUAUUGGAGAAUGGGGUUACUUUGACAAAGUUUCAAAUGCAGCAAUUGCAAAUGUUUUGCCCUUAUGAGCAGCAAUUCCCUGCUAUCAUAAAAAAACUAGAGAAACCAACUAAAGAGCAUACUUGCUUUUGGACUGGGCAACAAUUAUUUAGCUUGCUUAUGCCUCCAGGUUUUAACUAUGAUUUUCCAUCAAAUGGUGUGUGUAUAACCAAAGGGGAAAUCAUGACUUCUUCUGGUGCAUCCACUUGGCUGCAUGACGUUGAUGGAAAUCUGUUUCAUGGUCUCAUUCAAUUUUGUGGAGAACAAGUUAUUUCCAUCCUUAAUGCGAUGCAGGAAGUUCUUUGUCAGUGGCUGUCAAUGAGAGGGCUAAGUGUUUCCUUGUCCGAUCUUUACCUUGCUUCUGAUGCAUUUUGUAGAGAAAAUAUGAUUCAAGAAGUCUUUUGUGGUCUUCAAGAGGCAGAAAUUUUAUCUGAUAUUGAGCUCAUGAUGGUAGAUGCCAAUAAGAAUUUCCUUGCUCAAUGCUUAGAGGAAAAUACGAGAGUUGAAGAUUUUGGAGAAGAUCACAUUUCUGUUCAGCUUAACAAAUCAGCAGCCCUGAGUCAGGCCUCAGUUUCUGCUUUUAAGCGCGUCUUUUCUGUCAUUCAACAUUUGGCCUUCCAGUAUGCAAGCAAGCAUAAUUCCUUUAUUGCUAUGUUAAAGGCUGGUAGCAAAGGCAACUUGCAAAAGCUAGUUCAACAUAGCAUGUGUCUUGGGUUGCAGCACUCAGUAGCUCCAUUAUCCUUCAGAAUGCCCCGAAGGCUUUCUUGCGCUGCAUGGAAUGAUCACAAGAUCUCACUUUGUAGAUCGCAUGGUCCCUUGGAAAAUAAUGAGUCAUACAUCCCAUUUGCUGUGGUAGAAAAUUCUUUCCUCACUGGCCUGAAUCCUCUGGAAUGUUUUGUGCAUUCUUUAACUAACAGAGAUGGUUCUUUUAGUGGUCACGCGGAUGUUUCUGGGACUUUGACCAGGAAGCUUAUGUUUUUCAUGCGUGAUGUAUGCAUUGCCUAUGAUGGAACUGUCCGAAAUUCCUACGGUGAUCAAAUAGUUCAGUUCGCCUAUACCCGAAAAAUUUCAAGUCCUACUGGCAGCAAUGGGUUCUCAGGUGAGCGUGCUAAAGCUAAUGAAGUUAUGGGCGGCCAUCCUGUUGGUUCACUUGCCGCAUGUGCAAUUUCUGAAGCAGCAUACAGUGCGUUGGAUCAACCUGUUAGCGCCCUUGAAUCCUCACCUCUCCUGAAUCUCAAGAAAAUACUGGACUCUGGAGUGAAAAGGAGCGGUGGUGAUAAAACUGCAACCAUAUUUUUGUCUAAGAAACUUGCAAAACUGGCCCAUGGUUUUGAAUAUGGAGCAUUAGCAGUGAAGGAUCAUUUGCAGAGGCUAAAAUUUGGAGAGAUCGUUUCUCAUGCAAUGAUAAGCUAUUCCCAGGAGAUAUGUGGCCUCUCUCACAUUAGUCCUUGGAUUUGUCAUUUUCAUGUAUCUAAGGAUGUCUUCAAGAAGAAAAGAUUAAGUUUGCAUUCAAUUAUUGGCGCCCUUCAUGCAACAUGGAGAAUCAUGAAAGUGAAAGUAAAAUCAAAAUUAAAAUCUAAACUUGAUCUCCCGGACUUGCAAAUAAGUACAAGUGCAAGGUGUCCUCGAACUUUUAAAGAGAAUGAGAUGGUUUCCGAGAUUUGUAUCAAGGUUUCUCUCCUUGAUAAAUACCAGAACUCGUCCUCACAGCUAGAUGUCAUUCGUGAUAUGGUGAUCCAUAGCCUCCUUGGAAGUGUUAUAAAGGGAUUCCCUGAAUUUAAGAAGGUUGAUAUCUUGUGGAAAGAUUGCUCAAAGUCACAAAAGUUUUCGAAAGGAUCUUGUAGUGGACUUUAUUUGCGGGUUAACAUGUCAGAAAACUGUGACAAAGGUAAAUUUUGGAGUAUCCUUGUGGAUAGUUGUAUCCAGAUACGCAAUCUGAUCGAUUGGGAGCACAGCCAUCCAGAUGAAAUACGUGAUGUAACUCCAGCUUAUGGCAUUGACACAGCGGUUAAUCAUUUUAUAAGUAGUUUGCAUACUGCAAUCUGCGAUAUUGGGAAGACUGUUCUACCAGAACAUUUAGUUCUUACUGCAGAUACCCUAUCAACAACUGGAGAAUUUGUUGCUCUCAAUGCCAAGGGACUGACUCAGCAAAGAAAAGUGACAUCUGUUUCUUCACCUUUUGUGCAAGCAUGCUUCUCCAGUCCGGCUGAUUGUUUUGUUAAAGCUGCCAAGGCAGGAGCUGUGGAUAAUCUUGAAGGAACGGUAGAUGCCUUGUCAUGGGGAAUGGUUCCUUCUGUAGGGACUGGUGCUCGAUUCGAAAUAGUAUAUCCGAAGAAGGUAUAUGAACUUGAAAAGCCUGUGGAAGUCUAUGACUUUCUUCUAAGCAGCCAUGCCAGUUCUAAUCAAGAGGUUACAGAGAAGUUACCUAAAAAACAGUAUGAAUUGUCAGGAAAGUCCCUAGCCCAACACCUAUUUGCGUAUCGCUCGAAGUGGAAUCAUCUCGACAUGAAGUUACUUCUGAAGGGUUUCCUCGCUCCAAAAGAUAUUCAAAACCUCUCUCAGACAUUGAGAAAUUUGCUAUACAAGUACGAGAUCGACUGCUACCUCAAUGAUGUUGAUAAGGCUGUUGUGAUGUCUGCUUUGUAUUUUCAUCCUCGAGGCACUGAGAAGAUUGGAACUGGAGCUCUUAAUAUUAAGGUAAAAACAUGUAGAUAUACUUUUAUUUCAGGAUAAUGGGGAGAUAGCUGAAUAGAAUUUGUUAUGUUUAAAGUGUGACAGUGGCCUUGUAGAUACCAAAUCCCUUGUUUCAGGAUGAAAUAAUACUAUCACUGAUGCUUUUUUAGUGUACUACUUAUUUCAUCAUUUUGUCAUCUUAUUUUAAUCAUAUUUUCUGUAAUAGCAAAUGCAUGAAAGAAUCAAACUCCAUUUUCUGAUCCAUUGGACAGAAUUUCAGCGCCUUCCAGCAAGAUGGUUCCUGUUAAAGGGUGCUAAUUUUCUCUCUUGGGCUUGCCGGGAUGGUUUUGUAAUUGACGUUUAGAUGCAGCGAUAUUGAAUCGACUCCAUGGGUUUUGCAGGUUGGAUAUCAUUCGGAAUAUAAGGAUUCUCGCUGCUUUCAGUUGGUAAGAACUGAUGGGACAACCGAGGACUUCUCUUAUCACAAAUGUGUUCAUCACGCUUUUGAGUUGAUUGCACCUCAAAAGGCGAAAACGUACGAGUCAAAAUGGUUGCUCCACAGAGAAACAGAAAGGGGAAUGGCCGAUGGGCCUUCCUCGCAAGCAUAAAGCUCUUGGUACUGACCUCUAUCCUAAAGCCCUCAGAUGAACACAAAGAGACUUUGAUUUCCUCUGGGAAAUUUUUGGCCCUUUAGGUUUUUAUUUUCUGAGGGUUUCCCAGAAUUAAAGAUAAGAGGAGAGGAGGUCAAAGAAAAAGAGAGGUUAGUGCUCUUUUUCGACCUUGAUCCAUUCAUAUUGAAAAGUGAAUAAACAUCCUGUAAGCUUAGAUAGCAUUAUAAUUACCAAUAUAGGAUAGCCCAAUUCUUAUGCUUCUUUUUGCUGCUUCCACUGAAGCUUGUUUGCCUAAGAUUUUAGAAAUGGCAAUUAAGGUUUAGGGGAAGUAGCAACGAGACGCUCUGAAAGGCUACAUUCAUGUUCAUGUGCCCAUGUUGUAUUACUAGUAUUAGCUCCCCAAGUCUGCCGAUUUCUAAUGAUUCGGCUCGCUCCCAGAGUGUUGUUGUAUUAGUAAUGGUAUUAAUCGGCCAAUCACCAUGGUUCAGCUAGUUCUAAGCUGUAUGUUUAUCAUUAUUCUAGACCCUGAGUUUAGUGAUUUAUACUUUUGCAAGAAGAAAAUACAUUACAUUGUCACUGGCAAGCGAAGACUGCCUUUCAUAUUUAGCAGCAGCUGUCUAUAACUAAUAGUUUUGUUCAAUACUAUUAUAUCUAUUGUCCAGUCUGGAACUCAUUUGA